AUGGACGUGUAGUUGACGAUUAACUCGCACACGUGGAGGACAGGGCAGCUCAUCCGGAUCCGAGCCUUCAUAAAAUAUCUUACGUUGUAGACAUGUUGUUUCAUGGACCUGUGGAAUAAUUAAUAAGACUUUAGGUAUCAAAACCUUCGCGAAAAAAAAAAGAAUAUGCAUUUCUGAAAGGUACAGAAGUGAGGCCCCGAGUUUUGGAAGCAACAAGUGUUAUUACCUGCAGCUCUGUACGUCAUCAAAGGCCAGGUAAUACUCCCAUCGGAAAAUUCCCCAGCACAGCGUUCAUCUCCGACAGAAGUGCUGGUGUUACCAAUGGCAGCGUCUGAUGGGAGCGCCAACAGCACCCUCGAUUUCCCUGCUGCCUGCUUUUCUGCUGACUGCUCACAGGGCGGCUGCUGCGAUGGCGGAGGCGGGAGGGAGCGACCCGAGGGCAAACAUGACGUUAACAGGACGCGUCCAAAGACAAGGGGAAAGGGCAUUGUCCUUGCAUCAACGGAGCGAGGGGCGUCUAAAGGCUCGGAAAACACGUCGGGAAACAGGAAAGACGAUAGGGCCGCGUCGGGUAAUUUGCUCCUGACGGAGGAGGGCCAAGGAGGGGAAGCUCGUGUUCCUUUGGCGGUUGAGUCUCCGAGAAAUGCUCUUUCUCCGGACGUCGGCUCCUUCGGUCUCCUGGUCGGCUCUCCAAGCAAGAGCCGCUUCGUCGAAGACAGAGAAAUUCCAGCCAUGGUAUUCCUGAGGACGGACGCUUCCGAUGUGUAUUCUUGCUUGCUUGCUCAAGUCCUGUCGCGGGGACGCCCACCGACUCCAUCCACCCAGAGAAACACGGCGGAAGCGCUUGCGACCCCGGCCCGUGCGACCGCUGGCCUACCAUUUGGUGAUCGUUGCCCACGCGAUCCCAGCGUCGCUUGCCUUACCCGGGGUCGCACCGUGGCUUCUCGGCAGGACUUCUCAGACAGGACGACGCCAUUUAGUGUCCACGCCGUCCACAGUGCCUGUAAGCUUGCGCCGCCUUCUCCAGGGUCACCCGGGCCUUUGAAUAUUGCCUUCAGUCCAGCCGGUUCUGGGUCCAGUUCGGUCACAACUGCUCCUCGACGUCCCACAACACAGCCGGCCCUCCCUCGCGUGCCUGAAUGUUUCAACCCCGAGACACCUACUGAGGGCGUCCAGUCAGUCGAAAGGACGUCAGCUAGAAGUACCACAGCAGGAAGGACAACAAGAAAUACUACAACAGGAUGGACAUCAACAAGAAAUACUGCAACAGGAAAGACGUCAGCUGGAAGUCCCACAACACGAAGGACGUCAGCUAGAAGUCCCACAACACGAAGGACGUCAGCUACAAGUACCAGACCAGGAGGGGCAUCAAACGAAAGGACAUCAGCCGGAAGGAAGUCACCGGGAAGCAACAGAAAGAGAACCAUUCGACACCAAAGCGUCUUCACGCAGGAAUCCGACCUCAUGACCUGCCCUUCCUUCCUGAGGACAUCGCUGGCUUGGUGGACCUUUUCCCGCAGCCGAUUGCCUCAGGCUGCUGGGCGGGGUCUCUUGGCCUGGUGCUUGUGGGCGGGCGUGUGGGCGUCGCUCUUGGUCGGGGGCGCCUCUGUCAUCCCGUCCUCCAACACCACCUUCGCCCUGCAGAAGUACCAGGCUGAUAGAGCUCGAUGUUUGGGUUCAGGCCGAUGUGACGAAACGUGCCCCCCUGAGUACUAUAAGCACGAGGAAAACGGCUGUCUCACGGAGGACGAGUGUCUCAACCUGCAUCAGCUGCUCUACCACACGCCCGAGGGCAACUAUUGCGUCAUCACUUGUCCGAAACAUUACGAGACUGAGGGAAACACGUGCCGGAAGUCAGAGGUAUGUCGAAGCAAGAGGAUUGUGAACCGAGUGAGCAACUUGCGGAGUCUGGCCGGUUGCAGAGUCAUCGAGGGCAACUUGCAGAUUGUUUUGAUCGAAGGCGCAACCGAAGAGGACUGGAAGAACUGGUCUUUCCCCGAACUCGUCGAGAUCACCGAAUUCCUGCUGGUGUAUCGGGUCCGAGGCUUGACGUCCCUGGGGCAGCUCUUCCCUAACCUGAGCGUCAUCCGGGGCAGCGUCAGGCAUCAGGGUUACGCCCUCAUUGUCUACGGCGUGAAUGAUCUGGAGGUCAUCGGUCUGUACUCCCUCACGAGGAUCCUCCAAGGAAGCGUCAGGAUACAGAAUAACUUCCACCUGUGCUACGUCCACACCGUCGACUGGUCGCUGAUCACAGGGCCGGGAGCGGAGAACGUCUUCAAGAAUAACAAUGAAUACCUGUAUCCACUGUGUGACGAGAGCUGCCCCGAGCGAAACAACAUGCGAAGGUGUUGGGAUAGCACACACUGUCAGCGUGUGUGCCCUACGGAGUGCCAAGGCGAAUGCACGGACACGAAUGAGUGCUGCCACGACUUCUGCGCAGGAGGCUGUUCACGUGCCAAUAAGGCCGAAUCUUGCCAUGCCUGUAAGGACUACUCACAAGGCCACACGUGUGUCCGUACUUGCGGCAAGGGAUAUUAUAAGUACGGCGGGUACAGGUGCGUGACCAUGGGCGUGUGCGUCAAGAAACUGCACGGAAUUCUCUUGCACAAAUCAGGCGACGGGAUGGACGAGUGCGUUGACCAGGGAGAGUGUCCGGCGAAGUACUACAAGACGGAGGAGGAUUACCUGGGGGUCAAGCAUCCCACGUGCAAGAAAUGCGAAGCGCCUGGAGAGAACUGUGCCAAAAAGUGUUCAGAACUUUUAGUGAACACCAUAGCCAAGGCCCAACAGCUCAUGGGAUGUACGAAGAUCGAGGGCCGUCUCAUCAUUAGCAUCACGGGCGGCAAAGCCAUCGCCAAGGAACUGAACGCGAGUCUCGGGAAAAUCGAGGUGGUGACCGAUUACAUCCGGGUCUUCAGCUCGAACGCCCUCCGCUCGCUAAACUUUCUCAAAAGUUUACGAGUCAUCGGGGGUGCCAGUCUGUACAAUGAUAAGUACGCCCUGUAUGUCCACGGAAAUGAUAAUUUGGAGGAAAUCUGGUCCUGGGAAGACCACAAAAAUUUCACCAUUACAGAGAAAAAGGCCUCGGUGCUCUUCCACUCGAACCCGAAGCUGUGUUACAAGAAGAUCAAGGAGCUACUCGAGAGGACCAACCGCGUGGAAAUGACGGCGGAUUGCAACAUGAACCUGACUAAUGGCAACAAGGCAGCGUGUAUGGACAAAACCCUGGACCUGUACCUCACACCCCUCGCUCUUAAAGGCACCGUAAACGUCAGCUGGAACACCGUCUUUAUUAACGACGAUGACAGGAUGUUGACAGGAUACUACAUCUUCUACAAGGUCGCCUACGAGGAGAAUGUUACCUACUUGGAUGGUCGUGAUGCCUGCCACGACGACUGGUCCAGAAAAUACGUGGAGAACAAAGUAUCUGACGGUAUCAUCACGCAAAUUGUCGACGACUUGAAACCUGCGACGAAAUACGCCAUCUACGUCCAGACCGACACUGUGGUGGACGCGGCCAUCGGGGCGAGGUCGAAUAUCAGCUACAUUACGACUUUGCCAUUUAACCCAAGCAAACCCCCGAAUGUCAAAGUGACAGACAAGACAGACAGAUCCAUGACCGUUAUGUGGGGUACCCCGGUCUCGCCCAACGGAGAGAUCGACCAGUACAUCGUGACUGUGAAACUCCUGCCGUAUUUAAACGACUCAGCUCCUGUCUCUUGUUCACACGACGAAAAUGUGCUGAGAGCUCCGAAACUGCCUAUUGAAGAGACGACACGCCCCACGAAAGCCCCCAGCCCCGAGUUUCCCCCCCGCUCCAAGUGGCAGGUGGGGGCGCCAGCAGGAGUAGGGGCAGCGGGAGGAGGGGCAGCAGCGGGGGGCGAGUGCUGCGCGUGCCCCGAGAGCAGGCGGGAGGAACGCCAGCAGGAGAUUGACUUCGAGGAUGAACUCUACGGGUUGGUUUAUAAGAAGUAUCAACGGGACAGACGAUAGUGAUGGCCAUAACCAGCUUAUCCAACUACUCAAUACCUCCGACUUGGAUCCAGCAAUUUAUCAGGACCUCAUCAACAUAUCAAACUCUUUGCCAGCUGCUAAAGAGCCCCAGCAUACACCAAGCGACUGUGAGUUCGUUGAAGACUCGCUCUACUGUAACGACCCCGACCAGUGUCUCUCUCACGGGGCGGCCCGCUGCUGGAGGGAUGCUGCCCGGCUCUUGCAAGGAGAAGGCGGAUCGAUUGUCAAGAAUACAUCGGAGUUGAGUUUGACCAUCACGGGGCUGCAUCACUUCACCAUAUAUGAGAUUAAGGUUGCCGCUUGCCACCGCCCGACCACCGCCUGCCCACUCGGAUCGAACAUGAAGCAGUGUGUGUUGUGUUCGCUUAAUCCCAAGAUUAUUACUGAUACUACCGACGCGAAAGCUGGUGCGAACUUGGUCACGGGGCUGAGGGAAAUCAACACGAGCAGAGACAGCAUAAAGAGCUUCACCUGGACGAGGCCAGCUGAGCCCAACGGAAAGGUGGUGGCCUACAAGGUCAAGAUCCUGCCGAUGGAAACGAUUGGCCAUAUCAAAACUCCGUGUAUCAGCGAGAAGGAAUUUGUCGAGAGGAACAUGACCUUCCACCUCAACAUGAGUCAGCUGCUUCCAGGACGUUACAACUUAAGCGUCGAGACCUACACGAGACCAGACUCCCCCUCGAAUAAGUCCUUAGAAGCUGUUAUCUUUGUUGUUGAGGGGGGACCAGACACCCCGUUGCACUUGAAACUCCUGGCUGUUGCUCUCCUGGUCGGCGUGGUCCUCGUGGUCGUGCUGGCUCUCGUCACCAGAGUCUGCACGAAGCCGGACGAGAAGAUUGUGACGACGCUGAACCCUAUCUAUGCGCAGGAAUCCGGUCUCCCGGCGUGGAUCCAGCACGUCUAUGACAUCAUAGGAAGUCAGGAUAUCAUUGAUUCCUCUGACCUCCACGUCGAAGAAGGACCUCAGCUCGGGGAGGGGAAAUUUGGCCUGGUCCUCAACGGUCGCCUGCGCCUCGAGGCCAAAAAUAUCCCGGUGGCGGUGAAGCAGGUGACCGAUUUCCAAGCCAGGGAGGACAUACUGCAGGAGGCCAAGUUGAUGCUCAAACUGAACUGCUAUCACCUGGUGCGGGCCUAUGGAGUUGUGCCAAAAGCCACUCACAUCCUGCUUGUGAUGGAAUACAUGAACUGCGGGGACUUGCUGCGGUACAUCAGGUCACGGAAACCCCCGGAUGACGAUAUGUUAUCUGUUAUCACCAUCGAUCAUGUCUGCGCAAUGGCCGUGCAGAUAGCGGAUGGCAUGGCGUAUUUGGCCAGCCACAAAAUCGUCCACAGGGACCUCGCCGCUCGCAACUGCCUCAUCAACGACAACAUGAACAUCAAGAUUUCAGACUUUGGCAUGGCGAGACUAACCGAUAAUGACUAUUACAGGAUACGCGAGAGCAAGUAUUUCCCCGUCCGCUGGCUUCCCCCCGAGUACCACUUGAAGUUCACCAGCCAGAGUGACGUGUGGAGUUACGGCAUCGUGUUGUGGGAGAUUCUGUCAGGAGGAGCCCGCCCGUAUGAGCACCUGACGAAUGACAACGACGUCCUGCAGCAGGUGCGUCGUGGAUACACCCUAGAGACCCACAUCCCUAAGGGCACGCCGUCAUUCCUGGCGAAGAUCCUGAUCAGCUGUUGGCGUUACAAGGGCAGCAUGAGGCCGUACUUCCCGCAGCUGGUGGCGGCUCUUCUGCCCAGCACGUCUCCUUGCUUCAUACAGCACUUCAGAAUGGUGUCCUUCUACCACACUGCAGACGGCCAAGAGUACAAGCGUCAGUUGGAGACCCAGCAGGACGUGGACGAGGAUAGUGAUAUCACUUCUCCCCUUAACGAGUCUUCACCCUCACCCUUCUGCCACCCAAUCAGACAAGACGGCCCUCCACUCCCUCCCAGGCCUCUCACUGGCACGAGGUGGCGGCCCUCGUUCCGCUUUCGAGGGGCAACAGUGCCAAGGUACACUCAGCAGCCGACUCACUUGCCUGUCACAGAUUUAGAGAGCCUCACCUUAAGCCAGCAAGUUCUAUCCUCAAACAGAGAGAGAGGCGCCACUUCCCCUUCUCGGAAUGUUACUUCGACACUUGUGGAUCUGACCACAUCUAAGUCCCAGGAAGAGAGUGUUAGAAAGAACGUUAAGACGAGCCCGUUCCACAGUUCAGAUACGGACGUAGUGGUGAUGAACACACACGCGCCAAAAGAUCUGCAUGCACCACUGGCUGCUACCACGCCCAAUCCCAGUAACGUGAUUGUUCAGUUGAACAGUCGUGGUUCAACUUCCACUACUAUUGCAUCCUCCACUGACCCUCCCGGUAGUCCAAGGAAGCUGGAAAUUACUCUUCCCAACUUUAAGUGUUCAAAAAAGAUGUCCGAUAUUAAGCCUUCCCCAUGUUAAUAUGCCAUAAAACGUAAAAGCUCAAUACAAUGCCUCAUAAUAUAUAAUUAUUCUAAGGAUUAUUGUUGCUGUUUGCUGUGGUACAAGUGUUGUAGCAACUAGAAUUGAUAGAGUAUUUGAUAUUGUUUAGAUACAACUUCAGACUCUUGCAAGGCACCUCGUUUGUCAGCAUAUAAAGUACGUGCCUUUCAGAUAGUUGUAUUGUACUGAAGCAUUUUAUUUACACUAUUAUAAGUGACAACACAUUUUCCAAUUAACAAAAUCGACAUAGGCUGCGUAUAUCAAUUUGUCAUAUAGAAAUUGUUAUAUAUGCAUGUUUGAAUCAACAAUACUUUUUAACAGAAAAAUAAGAUUGGAGACCAAACGCUGCUUCAUAUGUAAGAAGAAGGAAUAAUAUAAUAUAAUAUAAUGUUUGAACAUGAACAGUUUUCAUUCAUUAAGUAUGAAAGGAACUUGUGCAUCAUUUAUAUUUAUACUAUAUUUGACAGAAGACACAUUCAGAAGACGAGAUGAAUAAAGGGGUGCUGCCUUUUUACAUGUUUUAUAUUGUUGAAUAUAGUAGAUUGCUUAAAGAUAAGGGAAUGAGAAAUCUAUAGUUUUGUAUGAUCUGAGAAUGAUAUAUUAUCUAAUCGUCUAAUGACAUGUUUAUAAGGAGAUACUUAACAUUAUGACAUGUAAAUGAAUACUAUACAAAUUUUAUAAAAGCAUUUAAUCUUGUCAGUAGAUUGUAUCAGUUGACAAUCGUCGGUAUGGUAUUCUUAUUUUAUAUAAUCUGAACUACAGAUCAUUCAUUAAAUUACAUGACCAACUUCGUCAGUCAAUAAACUAUUUUCUUUUGACUUUGUGUAAAAUGUGUGUAUGAUUUGUUAUAUAUGUAAAAAUAAUAGAUCUCAUUUAUGUUUACUUUCAGGAUGGGUAUUAAAGUUAGUAGCUGGUAGAAUAUAUGGAUAUAUGUUAUUUUCUCUAUAAAACACAUUUAAAAUA